UUAUCAUUUGCUCUCCGACGAAGCAGUUGCAUUUUCUGCAUUCCGCUGCAAAACAAUAGUAACUUUAAAAAAUACGACAACUUCCACAGAUUUUAAUAGAUAAUUUAAGCAGCAGCAAAUAUUGGGAAAUAUGACUGACUUCGCUGAGACACAAAAUGAAGCAGAUCCGUCGCAGCAGCCGCCGUUGCCGGCUGAGCAAGAAAAUCAGCAUCAAGUCGAAGAUGCCGUUUGGGAGGAGGAUGCGGCUGCUUUAAACGAGGCGACAGCAGCGGCCGGCAACGAGUUUCCCGAGAUUAAGAUCUUUGGUCGCUGGAGCUGCGAUGAUAUAACUAUCAGUGACAUCUCACUCCAAGACUACAUUGCCGUCAAGGAGAAGUUCGCACGCUUUUUGCCGCAUUCGGCCGGACGCUAUGCCGCGAAACGUUUCCGCAAGGCGCAAUGCCCCAUCGUGGAGCGUUUGACCUGCGGCCUAAUGAUGAAGGGACGCAGCAAUGGCAAGAAACUGCUCGCCUGUCGCAUCGUCAAGCACGCCUUCGAAAUCAUCCAUUUGCUCACCUCCGAGAAUCCGUUGCAGGUGACGGUGAAUGCCAUUGUGAAUGCGGGACCACGUGAGGAUUCCACACGCAUCGGGCGAGCUGGCACAGUGCGUCGCCAGGCUGUUGAUGUUUCCCCGUUGCGUCGCGUCAACCAGGCGAUUUGGCUAAUUUGCACUGGGGCGCGCGAGGCUGCAUUUCGCAAUAUAAAAACAAUCGCCGAGUGUCUGGCGGAUGAGAUGAUUAAUGCAGCCAAGGGUUCAUCCAAUUCGUAUGCCAUCAAGAAGAAGGAUGAACUGGAGCGUGUGGCCAAGUCCAAUCGUUAGACACAAUUCCAAUAAUAUAUAGAAACACAAAAGUUUAACAGAAACAAUAAUGUAGCGUAAGUUUUUUGCAAACUAGUUUUGCAAGCCAAAUAUGAAUUUUUGACGUCACUCGCUGACGUUCAACGGAAACUGAACGAAUAUUACAUGAAGUAUUUCAAAUCAAAUUGUUCAUAUUUGAUAAUUAUGAACCAAAAUGAUAUCUAAAAUAUAUUUGUACAGAAAAA